AUGAGUGACAUUGACAAGGACAUAGCACAACUGGAACGCUGCGAAUCGCUAUCGGAAGAAGAAGUUAGGCUCUUGUGUGAAAAAGUGAAGGAGAUUCUCAUAGAGGAGGCUAAUGUACAACGCGUGGAUGCGCCGGUGACGAUUUGCGGGGACAUCCAUGGACAAUUUUACGACUUUAAGCAACUGAUAAUCUUUGGCCACAAAGUACCAACCACUAACUACCUUUUCAUGGGCGAUUUUGUAGAUAGAGGGUACUAUUCGGUGGAAACUUUUCUACUUUUGUUAACUUUAAAGGUCAGGUAUCCGGAUAGGAUCACAUUAAUACGGGGGAAUCAUGAGUCAAGGCAAAUUACUCAGGUUUAUGGAUUUUACGAUGAAUGUACAAGAAAGUAUGGCGGCACCAAUGUUUGGCGAUAUUGCACAGAUGUUUUUGACUAUUUAGCAAUUAGUGCAUUAGUCGAUGGACGCUAUUUUUGCGUCCAUGGGGGGUUGUCGCCCACUAACUCGACAAUUGACGAGAUCCGUUGCAUUGAUCGCAAACAGGAGGUGCCACAUGAGGGGCUUAUGUGUGACUUGAUGUGGAGUGAUCCGGAGGAUAUGGAUGGCUGGGGCGCUUCUCCCCGUGGAGCCGGAUUUCUUUUCGGCGGAGAUGUUGUCCGACAAUUUGUUUACCAAAACGGAAUUGAUGUUAUUGCCCGUGCUCAUCAGCUCGUGAUGGAGGGGUACAAGUGGUGGUUUUCUCACACACUAGUGACCAUUUGGUCGGCGCCUAACUAUUGCUAUAGAUGUGGCAACAUAGCCAGCAUAAUGGAGUUGGACGACAACCUCAACCCUAAUUUCAGGACCUUCGAGGCGGCAACUCCCGAAAAAAGGGGAGUCCCCGCAAAGAAACCCAUUCCAGAGUAUUUUUUAUAG